AUGAACGAGGAACUGGAGAACACCUCGACUCUGCUGUAUGACAACUGGAUGUUUAACAACUCGUCCGUGGAGUACGCGGUCCCCAGGAACAACAUCACGUAUGUUGGAUUUUACCUGCAUCAGCCGGUCACCGCCGCCAUCUUCAUCGUGUCCUACCUGCUCAUCUUCCUGGUGUGCAUGGUGGGCAAUGCAGUGGUUUGUUUCAUCGUCCUGAGGAGUAAAAACAUGCGGACGGUGACCAACUUGUUCAUCUUAAACCUUGCUGUGAGCGACCUGCUGGUGGGGGUUUUCUGCAUGCCCACCACCCUUCUGGACAACAUCAUUACAGGAUGGCCCUUUGGAAGCCUGGUGUGCAAACUGAGCGGCAUGGUUCAGGGGAUUUCUGUUUCUGCAUCCGUCUUCACUCUGGUUGCCAUUGCUGUCGACAGGUUCCGAUGCAUCGUGUACCCGUUCAAGCAGAAGCUGACCAUCUCCACAGCCUCGCUGAUCAUCGUGGUGAUCUGGGUUCUGGCCAUUUCCAUCAUGUGUCCCUCGGGAGUGAUGCUUCAAGUGACCAGGGAGCCCAGCGUUCGAAUCUUACUGGGCUACGACAACCAAACAGGUCCUUUUUACUGGUGCAAGGAGAACUGGCCGAACCAGGGCAUGAGGAAGAUCUACACCACUGUCCUGUUUGCGAACAUCUACCUUGCUCCUCUUUCCCUCAUCGUGAUCAUGUACGCCCGGAUCGGCAUUACGCUCUUUAAAACUGCUGUUCCGACGGGGGGGAAGCCGGGCCCCGACAACCGUCACAACGUGUCAAAGAAAAAACAAAGAGUGAUCAAAAUGCUUCUGAUUGUUGCGCUGCUUUUCAUCCUGUCCUGGCUGCCUCUGUGGACCCUGAUGAUGCUGAGCGACUACGCCAGCCUGACGGACAAACAGUACAGAAUUAUCAACAUUUACAUCUACCCCUUCGCCCACUGGCUCGCCUUCUUCAACAGCAGUGUCAACCCCAUCAUCUACGGUUUCUUUAAUGAGAACUUCCGAAGAGGCUUUCAGGCCGUGUUCAAGUUCAGCUUGUGUGCGGCGGACGGGCAGCAAAGGAAAGGCUACUCACAGGGCAACUCUGUGCUCCCAGAUAACAACCUCCAGAGCUCUUUGGAGCCCAUCUCUCUCAACAACCUGGGCAAGAACUCUUCCAGGCCGUUCAACCACGUUACUGAGCGGGACUUGGUGAUGGAGGACCUGGAGAAGGGAUCGUGCAGCAGUGGCGGUGUGACUGCGGUGUCUAUCUGAAGUCAGAAUUAGGGAUGCU